AUGUUGAGAGAUUCUUGUCUAUCUUGGUUUUCUUCUUAUCUCUGUAAUCGUUUUUCUUUUGUUGUUCUCAAUAAUUCUACUUCUAACUCCCCUACUCUUACUUUCCGGGUACCUCAGGGUUCUAUCCUUGGCCCUCUUCUAUUUAUACUCUAU